AUGAAAGAGCGCGUUAAGCACGAUCUGUGUAAUGGUUCAUGGAACCUGCUGCUGUUUGAGGGCCUACUCGCCUCGGUAGCCGCCGUGUCAUUAUCAUCCAACUCACUCGUGCUGCUGUGUUUCUCCCGAAGCUCGGAGAUCCGCUCCAACGCGCCCGGGCUUAUCAUCCUCAACCUGUCCUUGUGCAACAUCCUCUCCACUGUGAUCAAUGUACCCACAACGCUGCUUGCGCUCUCCAGGAACCAGAAACCGUUCGGGAACACACUUUGCAGUGUAGCGAGCUUUGCGGACACUUUUUUGAUUACAAACGCUAUGCUGAGCAUGGCUGCGCUGGGUGUGGACCGGUGGGCGGCAUUGACAUUUCCUCUUACCUACGCAAGCAGGGUGAGACACAAGCACGCGGCCCUGACAGUGGAUUACGCGUGGGUGGACUCUCUGGCGUUGUCCACCGUGCCCACGCUUUUCGCAUGGACAGAUAGCUCUGUGUACGCGUCGUGCACAGUGCACCUGCAGCAGAUGGAACCCGGGUUCGCCCUCUUCACCGUGGGGUUUCACUGCGCGAGCUUCGCGCUCACGCUUCUCGUUCUCUGCGUCACGUAUAUGAAAGUUCUGAUAGUGGCUCGUUUCCACUGCAAGAGGAUUGACGUCAUUACGGUCCAGACUCUUUUGGUGCUGGUGGACAUUCAUCCGAGUGUAAAACAAAGAUGUGUAAUGGAGCAGAAAAGAGGGAGACAGAAGUCUGUAUUUAUUAGCUCUUUUGUGUUCUGCUUCACUCUGUAUGUCCUAACAAGGUUGGCAGAACUGAUCAGGAUCAACCCACACUGGGGGGUCAUCAGUAAAUGCCUGGUAUACAGCAAGGCUGCAAUGGACCCUUUUGUCUAUUCCUUGCUACAGCAAGAUUGCAGACAGGCAAUUAUUGGAAUGACUAAUACACUUAUGGGACCCAAAUGUUCCUACUAUUUUGAAUACAAUAGUACCACAUAUACAGAAAACGACCACAAAGUGAGCUGGUGAGAUGGUAAAAUUGUGAGAUGGUGAAAUGAUGAGCUGAAUGCUUCAACUUUGGAGAGAAAGAAGGAAAUUUUUCAACCACACUCUGCCCUUUAAUCUUUAUGUAGAAGUCAAACAGAAACACAUAAACAGUACACCACUGGCAGUGUAAUCUCUAUCUACCUCAAUAGCAUAAAUCGUUUCUUAUGCUUUUGUCCAAAUGUUUUGUGGUAUUCAUUAGUGA